UCAAUGUGUGAUACCUAUAACAUGUUAAUUCCUCAUAUCGUGGCCGUAGUUGCAGCACUUUGUACUUGCAAUGGAGAAUUACUGGCAAUACAACAAUAUAAAUUGGAUAUAAUAAACGUCCAAACAAGCGCAGUUCUGUUUGACUAUAUCGUUGCUAAAAUUAAUGACACGGUAGAUGAGGAGAAAAAUCUUACACAAUCAUGUGACACCAAAGUAAACCAAACUUUAAAGUCAUGCGAUGAAUGUUUACGAAAUGGUUGUGAACAGGUGCCAGAAAUAUCUAGACCUGACUCGGAACAUUUGCUGAGACCAAACCCAGAAAUGUUCCCGCUAAUGAUCAACACACCUAUUCCAGAUAUAGCUAAAUUAAUCAAGGAAAUUGGUAAAAGAGUUGGACAUGAAGCUGCUAGAUUUGGAAAGAAAAUAGGAAAGGUUUUACAAAAACUAGGUGGAGGAGUCGGACGUACCAUAAGAAAGGUUGGAGGAGUUCUAAAAAAAGUUAGAGGUGGGAUUAAGAAAAUUGGAUCUAAAGUAGGAAGUCAUGUUAAAAGAUUAGGAAAGGGUGUCGCGAGAGUCGGCAAUCAUAUUGGACAAGGUGUUGGUAGAAUCGGCAAGCAUAUUGGAAAAAGUGUAGGCAGAAUCAGCAAGAAUAUUGUACGAGGUGUUGGCUCAAUCGGAAAAAAUAUUGGACGAAGGGUUGGCAGUAUCGGAAAGAAUAUUGGACGAGGCGUUGGCAGAAUCGGUAAGAAUAUUGGACAAGGCGUUGGUAGAAUUGGAAAAAAUAUUGCACGAGGUGUUGGCAGAUUUGGCAAGAAUAUUGGACGAGGUGUAGGAAGAUUGGGCAAGAAAGUUGGACACGGUAUUAAGAAUACUGGCAAGAAGAUUUGGAGUGGAUUUAAAAAAAUAUUUGGAAAACGAUCCACACGACAUUUAAUUGCGAAGCGUUGUUUUCACAGUUGUACAGUUUGUGAUGAACUUACUAAGAACACUGACGAACAAAUAGUUAGAAACAUAUGUGGAUCAGAUUUUGUUUCAAGACAGCAACACAUAUUUGACAAAGUGGGAGGUUUAGAGGACACAUACAACUACAUUGUUGAUCAACCUGUAGUUACAAAGGUGGAAUAUGAAACAAGCAGUCUUAUUGUUGCUGGCGGGAAAAUGGCAUUCAAGAAAUCCUUUGUAACAUUUCAAACGGACAAAAUUAAGAAACGAUUUCAACUAUCCGGAAUAUUUGAAUUCUCUAACAUAGAAGACAUGGCCAUAAACAUUUCAAAAGAAAUAUUAGCUAAAAUGCUUUAGAGAUAUCAUUUAGACCAAUGAGUCAAUAAAUAGUAAUAUAAAAAUACAAACUGUGCAAUAAAAUGACAAUUUGACUUCAUCAAUACAAUUGUGUGUGAUAUUUUAAUAUAUACUUGUUAAAAUUGUAAGUGCGUUAUUUUGUUA